AUGAACGUCAAUGAGCACGUCAUGCCGGCCGGCGGCCAACACUACAGCGGCCGGAAUCGAAUUCCAAACAUCCACGAAUUUGUUGCGCAGCUAGACAAAGAGAAGCGAGAGCGUGAUGCUGCCAUUGACGCCGAGGACAAGCAGAUUAGGAAAGAACAGCGUGAACAAAACCGCAAUGUUCAAGGUCAACAAGAAGCGAAGGACCACAUCCCUGAGAAGAGGUCCCAGCACAACAGAAAGAAGACCAAGACGGUGCGAGAUCCCGUCACAGGGAAGGACAUCGAGAUCGAGGACGCAAAAGAUGAUUUCAAAGAGGUGGUUGAAAACCCCCAGCUCUCAGUUCCUAACCAAAACCUCGGAAAAGAGGCCACUGUUUCCACGUCCUCGAAGCAAUCUGGCGAGGAAUAUAGACGAGCACAAGAUGUAACAGCACCACCCGAUCCAGUUGAGCCUGGAAGCACUUCCGACGUACCAAUCCACAGCGAAAAGACAAAUGUUAUCUUUUUCAAGACUCCUAGUGUUAGCUAUGAGCCUAUGUUCGAGUCUCUUGAACAACGCGCCAAUGUUUUAUGUGCAGGCAUCUUCUUUGGUAUUGUCCUCAUUGGUAAAUUUUUCGGCGGUGCACUAUACGGCCUCAUUCCACUUGGUUUCUGUGUUGCGUCGGGCGUUUUCCUGUGGGUGAAAGAUCUAAUCACCCAGGGAAGAAACACAGAAUGGGCCAGUGAGCAGGAGCGCGGUGAGACUGCCACUGUCAACCUAGUUCCUGAGUCGGUGGAGUGGAUGAAUACCGCCCUUGGAAUCAUGUGGAACUUGAUUAACCCCGAAAUGUUCGCUGGUGUUGCUGAUACCCUUGAAGAUGUUAUGGUGGCAUCAGUUCCUGGUAUCAUUGAAAACGUACGCGUAGCCGAUAUAUCGCAGGGAAGCAACCCGCUGCGCAUUUUGAGCUUGCGUGCUUUGCCAGACUCUCACGUCCAAGACAUUAAGGACGAAGCCCAUAAGCAAAACCAGAAGAACACCGACCCAAACGAGUUAGCUGCCAUGGAACAGGCCGGUUCGUUUUACAACUUGGAGGCGUCGGUAGCUUACCAUGCGAAGCCAUCUGGAGCCGAUAUUUCCUCCAAGGCGCGUAACAUGGGAAUGCAGCUAGUAUUCUAUCUUGGAGUUCGGGGCCUCUUUGGCGUCCCACUUCCCAUAUGGGUUGAACUCCAGGGUCUUGUUGCUACAGCCCGAAUUCGUCUCCAAUUGACCCCUGAGCCUCCGUUCUUGAAAACCUUGACUUUCACUUUGAUGGGCAUUCCAAAGGUUCAGGCUGGCUGCACUCCGAUGAUUGAGAAGGGUGUGAACAUUCUUAACCUGCCACUCAUCUCAAACUUCGUGAACUGGGCUAUUGGUGCCGCAGCCUCUAUGUAUGUUGCUCCCAAGAGCAUGACUCUUGACUUGAGCAAGAUGCUUCAAGGUGACGAUAUCAAGAAGGAGACUCUUGCACUCGGUCUGCUUUUCAUUAGAAUCCACAAGGCGGUUGGUCUUAGCAAGCAAGAUCGCCGCGGCAGCGAAGGGGGUGGCUCUGACCCCUACAUUACCGUCGCUUGGAGUAAAUUCUCCAAACCCCAGUUCUGCACUCGUGUUAUUCAGGAUGACUUGAACCCGGUCUUCGAAGAGAGCUGUGGCCUGCUGGUCACUGCCGAUUUAAUCAAGGCCGAUGAGCAGUUGUCUGUGGAACUGUGGGACAGCGAUCGCUCCUCUGCGGAUGAUGUUGUUGGCAAGGUCGAAUUGAGCAUUCAGAAGCUCAUUCAGCAUCCUGGAAAGAUGUUUACCCAAGUAUCGAAGCUCGCAGGCGUAAAGGCUGACAGUACAAUGCCAGGUGAGCUGCAUUGGGAAGUCGGAUUCUUUGGCAAGACCCAGUUCCGUAAAGCUCUGCGCACUGAUGGUAAGGAUGUCAAUCUGCCUCCUGAGCUGAAGGAUAAGAAGGAGCUUCAAGAUGAAAAGGGUACCAUUGAGAACGCCGAGGAAGACGCUGUCGUCCACACUCCGCCUGACCCUCUCUGGCCAUCUGGCAUCCUCAGCAUUGUCAUCCAUCAGAUCGUCGGACUGGAGCUGGCCAAUGUUAAGGGUUCUAACGGCAAGCGCAAGGGGCGUGAGUACGAGCCUGCUCGUCUCGAUGCCGGGGACGUGAAAGAGGAGCAAGGCAGCAAACUCCCUAGCUCUUAUUGCACCAUACUCGUCAACGAUGAACUUGUUUACAAGACGCGCACCAAGGCCGUUUCAUCGCAGCCCAUCUUCAACGCUGGCACUGAGAAGUUUAUCCGCGAUUGGAGAUCUUGUAUCACCACUAUUACCGUCCGCGAUUCUCGUAACAGGCAGCAUGAUCCCAUCAUUGGCGUAGUCCCUCUGAAGCUUUCCGACAUAUUGCAAACUGGAAGCGAGGCCACUCGAUGGUACCCUCUCGACGGCGGUAUCGGCUAUGGAAGGGUCCGUAUUUCACUUCUGUUCAGGUCUGUUGAGUUGCGACUGCCGCCGCCUCAAUUGGGUUGGGAUGUGGGAACUUUCGAGUUCACUUCCAAGAGCAUUUCCUCUACUGGCUACGGACACUUGAAGACUAAGAUUCGUCUUCGGACUGGCGGCAGCUCAAUGAGCGUCAAGCGGGACACGUGCACCAGGUUGGAGGAGACCAAUGGGUACUCUUGGGAUAUCAGUGGUGAAAACAAGCAUGACAAGAUUCGUCUACCCGUUCGCUACCGUUAUCGAUCACCGGUUUUCUUCGAGUUUUAUCCCCCGGGCAAGCGCCAUGCCGAUGCAUUCGCAUCCCUUUGGUUGCAAGAUAUCCCUGAUCAAGAAGAGAAGGAUUUUGAUAUCCCGAUCUGGAGGUGUGAUAAGGGAUUGCGCCUUUCACAGAACUACAUAACCGAGGAAAACUACAAUUCAGUCCCCGACAUCAAGAUUGAGGAGAUUGGUCGACUUCGUUUCAGCGGGAGAUUCUCUACCGGCACUGACCGGGACCACGUCAAGUUUGUUACUAACAAUGAUUCUCGAGAAACGAUUGAGACCUGGGAAGCUUGUUUUGCUGAAGGUGUACGUGGAGAGGAGGUCAAGACGGAGGUUCCUCCCGCUGUACAGAAGCUUCAUGAUGAAUCUUUGACUCAUGGGCGCGACGUUCUCGCUCAAGCAGACCCCAAGGAGAAGGCAAAAUGGAUGGCCAAGGACGGCACUGAUUGGAGUGGUGCGUUCGGAAAAGACCCCACGAAACUCAUGGAUGGCGAACCUGUCGACCUCAAUGAUGAGGAACGUGACGAGUUCAACGAAGAUGACGAGGACAGCAGCGAUGUCGACCUCGGGCUCACAGAUGCUAGCACGACUCAAGGAAGUGAUGGAACCCGGCCGUCUAUGGACAGCGUCAACAGCACCAAUAGUGAGACGCCUUCAAAUGCUUCAAAGCAGAGCAAUGGCCCCAUUCAGGCUUACAAGGAUUACAAAAGCAGGAGCCGCGACCUGCACCGUCAACACCGAGGACUGAUGCAGUGGCGUCCGAUGCGUAACGUUCAAUUCGCUAAGGACGAGGCCAAGUAUGCUGUGCGGAAGAUUACCAAGCUCGGUUCUCUGAAUGGCCGCAAGCCGGACGUUGAGACUGAGGUCUAA